CGGUAGGGUGUAACUGUCGUCGAUCUUCGCACCUCAACGGUCGUUGUUGUAUUUUUCUGGUGUCAUUUCUUUCGCCUUCCUUAAAGGUUCUCAAAAUGUCUACGGUCAAGGAGCGGCUUAUUGAAAAUCUGAUUGCGGAAGAUACAGGCUCCCAGUGUAAGAUCACCAUUGUUGGAACGGGUACCGUCGGCAUGGCUUGUGCUAUUUGUAUCUUACUGAAGGAUUUGGCUGAUGAACUUGCCCUUAUUGAUAUUGCAUCGGACAAAUUGAAGGGAGAAACAAUGGAUCUUCAGCAUGGCAGUCUUUUCUUUAGUACUGCAAAGAUUAUCUCUGGAAAAGAUUACACUGUAUCUGCCAACUCCAAAUUAGUUAUUGUCACAGCAGGUGCAAGGCAGCAGGAGGGAGAAAGUCGCCUUGCCCUGGUUCAACGUAAUGUGAAUGUCAUGAAAUCAAUUAUUCCUACCGUAGUUCAUCAUAGUCCUGACUGUAAAAUUCUUAUUGUUUCAAAUCCAGUGGAUAUUUUGACAUAUGUGGUCUGGAAGAUAAGUGGUUUACCUGCAACUCGUGUAAUUGGAAGUGGCUGUAAUCUAGACUCUGCCCGUUUCCGUUACCUAAUUGGAGAGAAGUUGGGUAUCCAUCCCACGAGCUGCCAUGCAUGGAUUAUUGGAGAACAUGGUGAUUCUAGUGUGCCCUUAUGGAGUGGAGUGAAUGUUGCUGGUGUUACUCUGAAGAGUCUAGACCCUAAAUUAGGAACUGAUUCAGACAAGGAACAGUGGAAAACUAUCCAUAAACAAGUUGUUGAAAGGGAAAGAUCAGUACUCAUUCCAGGAUUAUAUGGAAUAAAAGAAGAAAUCUUUCUCAGUAUCCCUUGUAUCUUGGGGCGGAAUGGUAUCUCAGAUGUUGUAAAAGUUAACUUGAAUUCUGAGGAGGAGGACCUUUUCAAGAAGAGUGCAAAUACACUUUGGAAUGUCCAAAAGGACCUGGUAUUUUGAAGCUUUUUAAUGCCACCGUUUUAUAGAACAGAGGAUAACAGACUGUAUAUUUUACAUUUUGAAAGUAUUUUCAUCUGAUGUGUAAAAAAUUUUAAAAAAAAUUGAAGACCUAUGA